AUGGCAUCUGAAAUCGUCAACAUCUCCAGCGCUUGGCCUGAGUCACCACAAACACGACAUCUUGACACUUCUCGAUUGGAAAUCACUCUUCCAGACUUACUUACGGGAUGGUCUCCCUGGCAGUAUAUCGUAGCCUUUCUGGUCGGCCUCAUCGUCUAUGAUCAAAUCAUCUACCUCAAACGAAAGGGUUCGAUCGCUGGUCCUACAUUCAAAAUCCCCCUCAUAGGGCCAUUCAUCCAAGCACUUCAUCCGGAAUUUGAGUCAUACCUCGCACAGUGGGCGAGUGGACCCCUCAGUUGUGUAUCAGUUUUCCACAAGUUUGUGGUCCUCGCUUCCGAUCGAGACAUAGCCCAUAAAGUUUUCAAGUCUCCCACCUACACCGAGCCAUGUAUCGUCCCGAUCGCAAGAGACAUUCUGGGCGAAAAAGCUUGGGUUUUCCUCCAAGGCAAAGCCCACACUGAGUAUAGGAGAGGACUCACGCCUCUCUUCACCAAUCGAGCUCUUUCCAGCUAUCUACCGGUUCAGGAAAAAGUGUUCACUGACUAUUUUGGAAAGUUUGUUGCGGCUAGUAAGGCGAAUCAGGGCCGGUCAACAGAGUUUAUGACGCUGUUCAGGGAAAUCAACUGCGCCAUCUCCUGUCGCACUUUCUUUGGAGACUACAUCUCUCAGGACGCUGUCACGAAGAUCACUGAAGAUUUUUACGUGGCUACUGCUGCUCUUGAGCUCGUCAACAUCCCCCUUUCGAUAUAUAUUCCGUUCACCAAAUGUUGGCUGGGAAAGAGGGCGGCCGAUGCAGUACACGUCGAAUUCGCAAAAUGUGCCGCGGUGUGCAAGGAGAGAAUGGCACUAGGCUCAACACCUACAUGUAUUGUCGACCAUUGGGUUCUUCAUAUGAUGGAGUCAAAUCGAUAUCGUGAGAGAAUCACCGCGGGCGAAAAAGAUGUCGAGAAACCAUCCAAUCUGAUCAGAGAAUUCUCAAAUGAAGAGAUCGGAGAGACAUUGUUUACCUUUUUGUUUGCAUCUCAAGAUGCCUCCAGCAGUGCUACAACAUGGCUAUUCCAAGUCCUCGCCCAACGACCAGAUGUACUCGAUCGAUUGCGGGAAGAGAACUUGGCUGCCCGAGGUGGUGACAAGUACAAGUCAUUUGAUUUGCCGAUGCUUGAGUCGCUCACCUAUACCAACGCUGUUAUCAAAGAGAUUCUUCGCCACAGACCACCAGUCAUCUUUGUACCUUAUCUUGCGACAAGGGAUUUCCCUGUCACGCCCAACUACACCGUCUCCAAAGGGUCUAUGAUCAUUCCAUCCUGCUACCCAGCCCUACAUGACCCGGAAGCCUACCCCAAUCCAGAUGUGUUCGAUCCUGAUAGGUGGAUCUCUGGAGAUGCCGAGGCCAAGACUAAAAAUUGGCUUGUCUUCGGCGCCGGGGCCCAUGACUGCCUCGCUAGGAGGUAUGUGCCGCUAUCGAUGGCUGCUAUGAUAGGCAAAGCGGCGCUCGAACUUGACUGGGAGCACCAUGCUACACCGCAGUCAGAAGAAAUCAGAGUAUUUGCCACACUCUUCCCAAUGGAUGGAUGCCAGCUGGUCUUCAAGAAGCGAUUGUAA